GAUACUUUUAGUUGUACAGUAGAUUUGAAACUGAAGGCUUAGUUAGAAUAUACACAUAUGUAUAUAAUACACAUAUAUAAAAAGAACCUUAUUGAUCGCAGGGAACAGUUACGAAUAUUGCGUUGUGUACACAUACAUGUUUUGACUAUUUCUAACACUCCUCAACGCAAUAUGUCAUUAGACACUUAAAUGUUAACAUUUCAUUUUAAUAUAUACACAUCAUACUAAUAGAUUUCUUAUGCUUAAUUUUACUAAGGUUCUUGGGCAGGACAUCAUAUAUCAUAUUUUCAGUUGAUAUAUACUUUAUUUCAAUUACAUUGUUCUUAACCAUUUUCCUGAUAUGAUGAUACUUAACCACUUCGGUACGACGCAUAUCGGCCACAAAACGUUGCCCAUGGCCGGCAUUCACCGUCCGCGCACUGUCUCUCUUUCCUAAACAUUGCGCACUUUGGUUUUCGCUAAACACCUUUGUUGAAUGAUCAUCGCUCAAACCCAUCUCGUUCAUGAAUUUACGGAUAUAUAGUAUGCUGCUUCUUUAGCAUUGAUUCCCCGGAGAUCACUGCUCCUGCUGCAAGAAACGUCCAGGCGCUGUACGAUUUUCGGUUCAUGCAUUAUCCAGCCUAAUCAGCAUAGGCAUAACACUUGAUGGGGUUUGCAGUCCGUUGGUAGUGCAUACUCAGUUCAGCAGUGCCUUUAAGGUAUCGCAAAACUUGCUUGGCAUCCACCUCUUGUUCCUUAUGAGGAUUUGCGUUACGUUGUGACAGCUUCGCAACACAGUGUAUAUAUCUGCCCGGGUUUUAAUGGCUAGAUACAUCAGAGAACCUAUCAUAGAUUGAUAGCUUGCCUGGUUCGCUCGCGGACACUCUUCAUUGUCAAACUUACCCUGGAAUCCUGCGCUCAACGGAAUGACUUUCGCCUUGCAGUUACUCGUAUGAUACUCGUGGAGUAGGUUUCCAAUAUACUGUUUGUGACCAAUAGUAAAGUUGCCAGUUGCUCCUUCUCUUUCUAUUUCCAUACCAAGGAAAUGCCUCAGCUGACCGCCAUAUUGACGCCUUUGUUGAGUGCUUUCAUAGAUGGCAACAAUCAAAUCGUCAACAAAACAAUGAAAUAAACUUUCAAGAAAAAUUACGUCAUGUGCUACUGCUACCUUUCAUGUACUCGAAUGAUGUCAUGUCCCCUAGCUUCUAUCCAGAAGCCUUCAUCCAGACGAGCAUGUAGAAUCAUACUGCGCGCCAUCUCAACCAAUGUUCUGUUCGCGCGCUCAGCUACAUCAUUUUGUUGAGGUGUGUAUGGUACUGUAACCUGACUUUAAUACCGUUGCUUCCCAAAAAUUUUUCAAACGUGCCACUCAAAUACUAACUUUUUGUCCAGCUUCUCAAAGUUUUGUUGAACACUUUCAAUUUUUCGAAUAUUUCAUCACGAAUUUUCAAGAAACUUACAUACGUGUAUCGCGAUUUAUCGUCAAUGAAUGUUACAAAAUAUCGCGCUCCUCCUUGUGAGGAUUUAUUCAUUGGUCCACAAAUGUCUAUAUGCACCAGAUCCAACACGUCUUUCGAGCGAUUUUCAGUUUUCUUUGGAAAUGGUUUUACGCAUAUCUUACACUUUGCACAGAUUUCACAUAUGAUUCUUCAAAUCACUGUAAACUUUUGCUUUUUUUGCAGUCAAAUUAGACUAUGCACCAAAACACUUAUUGUCGUUUGUCUCUAAUAAAAACAAAUCUUGCUGCUCCGCACAUAGGAGCAUUUGCCCUCAAAAACCGGACAAAAUUGAAAAUUACAAACUUCAGCCAUGGUACUCAAAAUUGAUUUUUUUUGGUACCUAAAUAACCGUUCUACAAUGAACCGAUUAAAUGAAUGACCUUCAGGCCGCUAUAUUGCCACACAAGUAGUCGGAACCUAGACUUCGUUCAGAACGCACGUGCUUAUUCGCGAACUCUCCAUUGUUCUCAAAAUUGCAAGUUGCUUUUUUUAUUGCGUGAACGGAAUUCUUGAAAAUAUUUUUUAUGGAUUCAGGACAACAUGGGUUCAACGAGAUAUGUUUCUUGGAAUGAAUUCGUACAUCACAUGUUAGCUACUGGCGAAGUUAAAGAACUCAUUAUACGCCCGGAUAUGGAGAUGGUAACGAUUAUUUUACAUGAUGGUGCCAUAAUUAAAGGAAAAAAGGUUACAUCUACAAUUUUCCACAUGGCUAUAGCUGAUGCAUCUAAAUUUGAAGAAAAAUUGCGGGAAAUCGAAUCAAGACUUGGUAUAACUGAAGGUGUUGCUGUUACUUAUGAUAGACAUAGUGAUAUUACUGGACGUAUAAUGGUGUUAAUUUUGUUCUUCGCAUUGCUUAUGUCGAUCGCGUCAAGAAUGAAGGGUGUCCGAAGUCCUAUAAGCAUGGAUUCUUUUUCUCAAAUGGGUAGAGCGAAAUUUACUCUAGUCGAUCCUUUUGAAGGAGGAAGAGGAGUACUUUUUAGAGAUGUUGCAGGCCUACAGGAGGCCAAACAAGAAGUAAGAGAAUUUGUUGACUACUUGAAAGCACCACAAAAGUAUCAAAGAUUAGGAGCAAAAGUGCCCAAAGGCGCUUUGCUACUGGGACCACCUGGUUGUGGAAAAACAUUGUUGGCGAAAGCCGUCGCGACUGAAGCUCAAGUGCCUUUCCUAAGUAUGAACGGAUCGGAGUUUAUUGAAAUGAUUGGCGGUCUCGGAGCAGCAAGGGUACGAGAUCUUUUUCAAGAAGGCAAAAAACGAGCUCCAUGCAUAAUAUAUAUUGAUGAAAUCGACGCAAUCGGACGGCAGCGAUCUGGAACUGAAAGCAUGGGCCAAGGUAGUUCUGGCGAAUUAGAACAAACAUUAAAUCAACUUCUCGUGGAAAUGGAUGGUAUGGCAUCCAAAGAAGGAGUACUUAUGCUUGCAAGUACCAAUCGUGCUGACAUAUUAGACAAGGCAUUACUUCGACCUGGUAGGUUCGAUCGACAUAUAUUGAUUGACUUGCCCACUCUACAAGAACGUAAAGAGAUUUUUGAAAAACAUUUAUCUGAUAUAAAAUUGGAUUCUAAGCCUGCGCAGUUUUCGGGAAAACUUGCCAGAUUGACACCAGGAUUUUCAGGCGCUGAUAUUGCUAAUGUAUGUAACGAAGCUGCUUUACAUGCUGCCAGACAGUGUCAAACCAAGGUAUCGGCAUCAAAUUUGGAGUAUGCCGUUGAGCGACUUGUAGGUGGAACCGAAAAACGAUCACAUGCACUUUCACUGGUGGAAAGAAAAGUUGUUGCUUAUCAUGAAUCCGGGCAUGCUCUUGUUGGUUGGCUUCUCCCCAAUUCUGAUAUAUUACUAAAAGUGACAAUUGUGCCCAGAACAAGUCUUGCCUUGGGAUUUGCACAAUAUACACCAAGCGAACAGAAGCUGCAUAGCAAGGAAGAGCUUUUUGAUAAAAUGUGCGUAGCACUUGGCGGCAGGGCUGCUGAAAAUAUAAUCUUCAAUAAAAUUACUACUGGAGCACAAAAUGAUUUAGAGAAAGUUACGAAAAUCGCAUAUGCUCAGAUAAAAAAAUUUGGAAUGAAUGCAAAUCUAGGGCCAAUAUAUAUAACAGACGCAGAGGAAAGCGGAAGUUUCAAUCACCCAUUUUCGGAAAACCUGCACAGGAUUAUUGACAAAGAAGCUCAAAAUCUAGUAAGCAGUGCAUACCAGAAAACAGAGGAACUAUUGAAAAAAAACUUGGAUAAAUUAGAAAAAAUUGCUGAAGCGCUGCUGGAGAAGGAAACUUUGUCUUAUGAUGAAGUAGUUACUCUGAUCGGACCACCAGCUUACGACGUUGCAAACCGAGCGUUAGAACCUGUUGAGUUCGAAAAGUCUUUAAAAAAUCUAGGAGAAAAAGACGAAUAAUUUGAAUGAAUUACUUAGUGUUGACGUUUUUAAAGUUUUGUGAAUAAAAGUUUUCAAAAAACAAA